AUGGCUUCCUUGUAUCAAAGUGCUCUGCCACUUGUUCACCGGAAGGCCAGCAACGCCAAAUCGAACGGCCCGUACACCACCAUCGGUGGCGCAACGCCAAACAAGAGAACGUCACUGUCGUCUUUCCCGUCGUCGCGCUCUGAUUCGCAAAUGUCGCUCCAAUCAAGACCAUCCCGCUCGCCGCAACCGCCCGUCGCCGGCAUGUCUGAGACCGACCGCACCUCCAACCCGAGCUCCAAGUCCAAGACCCCGUCCACGGGGACGGGGGCCUCGUCCCAACAUUCGUCCCUGUCGGCGCUUGGGCCGCGAAGAUACAAUCCGGAUGCUCAUUCUGGUCGCAAGCUUAGAUCACAGUACCCAAGAGGUGGCACGGAGAAUCAUGUCGAAUACAUACUGGUCGCAUCAUUCGACAUCGACCGCGGCCCAGUCAUGGAACAUCAAUAUCCGGUGGCCAUCACCGGGGACGAGCACAUGCUGGCUGAGCUAAUGUUGCCCGAUCAGGCCCAUGCCCGGAACCAGGACUGGACCAUGUUUUUCCUGCACAAGGACGUAAGCCAGGAGGAGGAGGAGCAGGAACAGAAAGCCAAGGAUGCGAGGCGGAAGAGGAGGAAAAGGAAACGAGAUAGGGCCGCCGGUAUUGUUGAUAAGGAGGAGGGCGAUGGUGAGGACGACGAUGAAGACGAUGAUGACCUUGAUGAUGACGACUGGGAUGAUGUGGACGACCAGAGCUCGACCGAGACGGAGGUGGAGGGUGGGGAGGGCGCCCCUUUGAUAUACGUGCUCAAUCUGGUCAACACGAAGCAUGAUAAAACAGUAAAGCGAGGUGCCAUUGUCAAGGCCAUGGCAAUAUGCACACGACACCCGUUCCUCCAUAUAUACAAGCCGCUUCUGUUGCUUGCUCUGGAGGAGUAUUUCAAGUCGCCAGUCCCGGAGACAUUGUCUAUGCUCUAUGAAGCUGUUAACAACAUGGACUUGUCUCUGAUGCCUAAGCUGAGCCUCCUAGAGCGGCAUUUGUUGCAGGCUAGCGACAACAAAGACCUCUUUGUCGAGAAGUUCGAGAAGAUGGUACAAAUGAGGAUGGCCGAGGACAGAGGCGAGGGUGUCUCGGACCAGGUAUUUGACGCCAGCAGAGAACCGCCCAAGCAACUCGAGAUUUCCCGAGCAGGCACCAAGGCGCAUUUCGAGAGCCAGUCCGCCUAUUCAGUACCACGGGAUACCCACGAGUUUGAGAGCAAAGUGAUGUACAAGGGCAUACCUAUCCCUAUCAAGGUGCCCGUAGCCAUCAUGCCGGAGACUGUCGGAGAUUUCUCUCUUAUUAAACUCAUCCAGAACUUCUCGGAUGCGCAUGCAAAGUCGCCACAACCCUUCCCCUUUCACCCCCACCUGACGACGAAUGGGCCCAACACCCACCCCAUCAUCGUCCUCGUCAACGCGCUCCUAACACAAAAGCGAGUCAUAUUCCUGGGCUACAACAUGCCUUCGGGAGACGUGGCUGAAGCCGUGCUCGCAGCCUGUGCAUUGGCCUCUGGGGGGCUGCUCCGCGGCUUCACGAGACAUGCCUUCCCAUAUACGGAUCUAACCAAGAUUGACGACUUGCUCAACGUGCCUGGCUUCAUAGCCGGAGUCACAAACCCAACCUUUGAGCACCAUCCCGAGUGGUGGGACCUGCUGUGCGAUCUCCCGAGUGGAAAGAUGAAGAUCAGCAGCAAGAUCGAAGAUGCCCCUCUCACCGAGGGCCUCAUCUACUUCAAGCAGCAGAACCCGGCUUACGCAAACUUGGUGACGGCACAGUCGUCGAGCAGCUCCGUCAACAACGACCUCACGGGAGACAACGCCUUCAUCCAUGACAUCUUGAAGAGCAUAGGCGCGAGGCUUGGUGAGCGUGUGAUCCGGGCCAAAUGGCGGGACUGGGUCCUCAAGUUCACGAGGAUCGUUGCUGCCUUUGAAGAAGGCGUCUAUGGGGCGAGUGCUUUGUAUAUCGGGAGCGACGACUUUGACAACGGGUCUAUGGCAGUCAGCGGGCACGGCUAUGUGUGGCCCGACGACAGUGCUAGGCUGAAAGAGCUGGCAGGCAACGUCACCCGGAUCGAGGGCUGGAGGAAUACAAGAAGCUACUACAGCUAUAUCCAGGACCUCGCCCAACUCUAUACAGUCCGCCCACUCAAGGGGCUCGAUCUGCACCACAUGCAUGACCGCCUCCGGCUGCAGAGGCUGACUUCGGCUCAGAGUCGAGAGAUCUACCUGGCCUUUGCCAAGUAUGUCCAUUCGUACGACGAUAUCUGCCUCCUUCUCUCCGUCGCGCCUGAGUCGCAUGCCGGGCUGUUUUACAUCGGCCUGGGCCUCUUCCACAAGGACAAAGACGUUAGGGUGAAGACGGCCGAUCUGCUCGAAAGGAUAGGAGAGCACGAGGCGGGCCAGCACUGGUGGAAGGGCCUCAGUCGUUUCGAGAAGCUGGCAUUUGUGCGUAUCCGGAAAGAAGUCGAGGCCGAGAUGAAGGCCAAGCUGGAGAAGGAAGGAUUCAGUCCCGACGUGGAGAAGCGUGUUAGCUGA